AUGCCGAAACGAAAGCGCUCCGUCGACGAGGAGCUCGACGAGAAGCUCACCGAGCUCAAGCAGGAACUUUUCCGCGCCCUCAAGGCGGCCAAGGGCCUCGAGCGCCAGCGUCUGAGCAAGCGCAUCCACGAAGCAAAGUCGUCCCCCGACAAGGUCGAGAGGCUCAAUCGCGAGGUCACAGCGCUCAAGACGAUUGACCUCCAGCAAACCGCCCACGCCCACCUCGCCUCCUCCCUGACCAAGAUCAAGGCCGUUGCCGAACACCCCGCCCUGCCCGACGACUACAAGGAGGGACCCCCGAAGAAGGAGCUGUCGGAGCAGGACAGGCUUGCGCUGCACAAUGUGACGAGCGGGCUGUACAGCCGGCCGGCCGUGCGCGAGGUGGCCGACAAGGCGAUCCGGAUCAUCUGCAUGACGCUCGACGUGCCGAUACCCGAGAAGAGGGCCCGGGGGAAGAAGGGCGACAAGAACAAGGAGCUGAACGCGAAAUCGGAAGACGAGACGCAGACGACGACGACGAAGAGCACUGCUGGUACGGCAACGGCCCCCGACCCGCCAGCGAAGAAGAGGCGCGUGGCCGAUGAACCCGCCGACGAGGCGGCCUCGGCCAGCGACAGCUUCAACGGCUUCAGCGAUAAGGACGACGACGGCCGGGACGCCGGCGACAGUGGCGAGGACGACGAAGAGGCGGCCCUGUCCAGGAUGGCGGACAUGCUGGGCAGCUCGGACGACGAAGAGGAGGACGUCGAGGCGGUGCGCGCCAAGUACAGCGCUCUGCUGGGACAGCAGCCAGACACGGAAGACGCCGACGACGAGAGCGACGACGUCGACGACCCGGAUGACCUCGCGGCGAUGGACGAAGACGAAAACGAAGACGAGGACGAGGCGGAGGAAGCCGAUUCGGAGGAGGAGGAGCAAGACGACCAGCAGGGCAUGAACAGCGAGCGCCGCAGGAUGCUCGAGGUCAACGCCUCCCCUCCACCGCCGGCGCCCGCGCGCCAGCCGAAAGAGCCAAAGCCCGUCAAGGCCGGCGCCACCACCUUCCUGCCGUCUCUCAUGGGCGGCUACUUUUCCGGCUCCGAGUCGGCCUCGGACGUCGACGUCGCGCCGCCCAAGAAGCGCCUCGGACAGCGGCAGCGGCAGGCCAUUGCCGAGCGCAAACACGGCGAGAUGGCGAACCACAUGCGGAACGAGAAGAAGAAGAAGCAGCAGCAGGGCGGCCGCGACGACGGGUGGGACAUGAAGAGGGGUGCUGUCGACGGCGCCGAGGGCAAGGGGCGGAAACCGUGGAUGAAGGAGGGCGGCAAGGAGAAGGAGGGCGGCAAGGGCGGCCGCGCGGCGAAGCCCGUGAUGAACCGCAAGGAGAGGAGGAGGCUGAAGUUGCUGAGCAAGGAUGACCAGGGCGAGCUGCACCCGAGCUGGCAGGCGCGGAAGAAGGAGAAGGAGGCGCUGCAGGGCGCGGCGUUCCAGGGCACCAAGAUUACGUUUUAG